AUGUCUGAAGAAUCUCCAACACCUUCAGGUCAAAAAACACUUUUUGACGUCCCAAAUAAGGCGAUGAUCAAGAUAUUGGGAAAAUUGGGAAUCGAGCAGCAAUUCCGUCUCCGCCAAGUGUGCACCCAUUUCCGUGACAAUCUCCCCCUCCAAAUCGAAUUCCUCAAAAUCAUCUUCUGCCCGUCCUACGCUAUGAUGCACAUUCACACCCGCUCCGGACACCGGACCAUUUUCGAAUACAAAGAUUUCGAAGAGCCCAACCGACCGUCUACCUACAUCCGGAAGGUUCCAAACAAGACCUGGUCGCAUUUGGGCUACGGUAGCCCUGCAAUCCAUGUGGCAAGUUUCCUUGGUCGUUUGCUAAUGAACCCCAAUUUGUACCUGGCUGGUUUCGAUGUCGAUUUUUCAAGAUGCACUGAGAAGAAUCCGUUUCAAGAUUGCUUUCCAGCAAUUUCGGAGAUGUUGGGACUUCUACAAAAUCAAAUUUCCAUUGGACGACAAGCGCCUUUAACAGUACAGUACCUCUGUUUGGAAUCCACUCCAAAUUCGUUGGUGCCAGCGUUUGUGAAUUGCUUUAACGUUAGGGAAUUUGACUUGAAUUAUGAGGAAAGUCUCUUGGAAAUUGAGGAAUUAAUGGGGACACAGGCUUGGAAGGGGAUGAAGGAGGUGACGAUGGGAAAGAUGAAAAAGCUGCCGGCGAUUCAUCAUUUUUGGCAAUUGAAGAAUUUGAAUUUGACGCUGGAUCAGAUCUCGGUUCAGGAGCUGUGGGGAAUGAGAGAGUCAUUCGCUCGCUCGCCAACUCUCCAACAAAUCAAGCUAUUCAGUCAAUCCGUCACCGUUGCCAAGCUAUCCGAAGCAUUCGGAACCCAACCGGACCCAGACAGCAGUUCUGGAAUUUCCAGUCUGUGGUUUUUCCCAAUUCCAAACACCCAACACACCAUUCUUAUCACUCUCAUGAAAUCUGAUCAAUUUCCAGAGGAUGAGCUCGUUUUUAAGAGACUUAAUUGA